UACUAAUAUAAUUUUGUGAACAAACAUGUGAGGGCAGCACUGAGGCAAGAUGAAAUACAUUUACUUCCGUUUACUUCGUUAACCGUUAGUACAAACCAAAGGUUUAAAACAAACGUUUGAUAAUGAUGGACGAUACAAAUAUUUUAGCUGCAAAUAUUAUUAAAUUAGAGGAGGUAAAAAGUUUUCGAUUACUUAAUAUAUUAAUACAUAGACUAGGUUGUUCAAGUGAACAUAAUGGAUAAUAUUAAUUCUAAACCAAAGUGUUCAGGGUGUUCAGAUGUGUUCAGGGAAGGCAUGUAAUAAUUUGAAGUAAUGUUCUCAAAGAACAAAAAAAUUCAGUUUCUUUCAACGCAGAUAUAUAACCAUGAUACUAGACAAUUAAGAAAUCUUGACGUUCCUCAUGUUGAAAAUACGUGUUCCGAAAAAGUGACAUCAUACUGUACAACAAACUCCGCAAUUGUUUCUAAAAGGUGAAAGAAGAACAGAUUGACAUGGAAGAGGACUGUUGUGAAAUUCCAAUUGUUGGUGGUGUGAUGGAAUCUAUGGAAAAAAGGAACAGGUCUGCAAAUUGGACAGAUGUUGAAAUGAAAGCUCUGUUGGAAGAGGUGGAGCCGAGAAGAGACUUUUUGAAGUGUAAAAAAACUGAUGUGGCGAGUAUGAAAGUGAAGAUUAAACAGUGGGAGGAAAUAGAAAUUGCAAUGACUUCUAAGGUACCUCAGUUUGCGAGAUCAGCGAAAAUAAUUGCAGACAAAUGGUCGAGCAUGAAAAAAGUGGCCAGAAAAUGGGCUUCCGUUGAGAAACGCAAUUGCCCAGAUAGCGGCGGUAGUGGUGAUGGUGGUGGUGCAUUGAUGACUGGCAAACCUUGGUGGGUAGAACGAGUGUUGAAGUUUCUGAAGGCCACUGAUGUGGGCUGCCACAUUCCAAGUGAUGAAGAUCAAAAUUCCAACCUCACAGCUCAAGAGGAGAGUUCGAGGAACGAUGUGCAAGGAGACCAAGGAAAUUUUUCGGAGAACAACACAGAUCUGCCUGGGAAGCCUGUCUGCGAGAGUUUCACAGUUGAUUUGAUGCCUCUACCACCAGAGCUUUCCCAGUUCCCCCCUCUUUCUCCGAAUGUUGCUGCCGCCGCCCCUCUCUGCUCUCCUCCAACCCCUACCUUCCCUCCGUCCCUCCCAGUCGCCACCUCUGGGGCCCCUUCCUCCUCGCCCACCACCGCACCCGUUCGUUCCACAUCGACCCGAUCACAGUGUCCGCCCCCUCGCCCUUUACCCAGUUCAAGAGCACAAAUUCGUCGACAUAGACACAAAGUUGACAUGCUGGCGCAGAAUUGUGAAGAACUUACCUAUUUCAAGAGAAGAUACUAUGUAAUGAGGAGCAAACUACAGGAGCAGGAUAAGAAACUACAGGAUUUAAAAUUUAAAUGGGCAUUGCAAGACCGUGAGGAUGAAUUAAAUAUCAGGGAAAGAAAACUUCAGUGGGAAAUUGAAGAAAGGAAUUUGAAGUUAAGAAGAGAGGAGGAAAUCCAUGCAGCAAAAAUGAAAGCAUUGACAUGUAAAUGCCGAAAUAAAAAAUAAAAAAUUAACUGAUGUUAUGUUUGUCUCUAAAACUUUGAAAUCUGAUUUUCAACAUUUGCUUCCGGACCUGUGAAAGUGGCCCUUUUUUAGACUAAUUCCUCUAUAAUGUUAUGGUAUAGUAGAGGUUUUGGGGUGGCAGCCCCUAAUAUAGUAUUAUUAAAGUAGUAAUAUAAUAGAAGUUACAGUAGCAAUAAUACUUUUAAAGCAAGAGAAUUUUUUGUAAAAUAUGUUUUUAAAUCUUGGGCAUAAGUGGUGUAUAUUAUUCACCACCCGAGUAAAGGAGGUCAUGACUGAGGGGCCACUCAAACCCAUGAUUAACCAAUUAGAUCACGGGUUUAAAAACAUUUAUUUAAUAAGCCCCUGUCUGUGAAGAAAAUGAAGAAAACUUCCACACCUCCUUAUACACUUUUAUUUGGUAAUGAAUAAAACAAAUGUAUUGAAUAAUAAAAUAAUCAAUUGUUUUUAUUCUUUAUGAUAUUGCAAGUUAAUUAUGGUUUUUUGACCUUAUGCAGAAAUAUUUGGUUUUAAAAUUUUGUUAGGUUAGGUCAAAACGUUAUAUUGUUUAUUCCCUAAUUAACUCCUGGACUCCCUACCAAAGCACUUCAAGAAUAAGCUUUAGAAAUAGAACAUUAUUCUGCUGCCAAGUAUGAUUUUGAUACAAUGAACAAAUCAUCGUUUUGGAUUAAGAAUUACAAAAAAGAGUGCCCCAGUCAUGUCUCCGCGAACACUGCAAUUGUUUCUUUUUCAAGCCCCUAUUUGUGCGAGAAAGCAUUUUUAGCACUUGUUACAAUUAAAACAAAGAUGCGGGACAAACUUUACGUUGCUAAUGAUUAAUUUUGUGUGUUUUCUUAUACUCAACCAAAGAUAUGUAAUCUGAUAAAAAAUGCAAGCUCAUCCUUCUCACUGAUUUUGUCCCUUGUGUAAUUUCAUUUACAACUUGUAUUAUUAACUGAAAAAAUCAAUUGUUAAUAUGUAAAUAUAAUCAUUACAAAUGUCGGCAAAGUAUCUGUUGAAUUCUUCAGUGAUGUGCUCCAAAUAGUUUGAUGUUUAGUUUUUUAUAUAUGCUUCUUCAAAAACCUCCAAACAUAUUUCUUCCUGGACUGAAAUUAGUUUGGUAAAAUAACUGCAGGAUAUGCCAAUAUCUAAAGUCUCCUAAGUUGCAGCUUUCCAAUAUGUCUUGAUGGUAUCAUAAUGGUACUUGACUCUCCACUCUGCAAUUUUAGAUUAAGGUUGGUCAACAAGUCAAAAAAAUCAGACAAAUAAGCCAACGUUAUUUAAGCUCUAGGUUUUUCAUAAAUUCGUUUUGUUUUUGAUUUGUCCAAAAGGUGAUAUAGUUUAGUUGUUUUUUUAAUUUGGUAUCAGCUUGUCUAUUGUUAUUUUUCUUUCAUUUAUAUGCCUCUAUAAUUUUUGACAAUUUUUAUUAACAUUUAAAUCAAAAUGACCUCCAAAACCUGAAGUGAUUUAAAUGUUAAUAAAAACUGCCUUUCUAAAAUUAUAGAUAUAUAAAAAUGAAAGAAAAGGGUAAUUACUUCAUCUUAUAGUUCAAGGAACCUUGCCUACAUAUUUUCUUUGGAGAGCCAGACUACUUGUGUUGAAAUAACUGUUUUGUGAUCUGUACCUAAAUAUUCGCUAUAUUCGAGAUUUAAAAAGUUGAGUGUUUAAAGCACUUUUUUUGUAAUUAACCAAUUUAAUACAUAAUUUUAAGUCAUCAUGGAGUACGUUUGAAAGAAAGGGUUCUCGGUGCAUCAAACAUUGAAUCGCAGUAACAGCAGUAUUUUUCUCUUUUAGCAAUUGCACAAAGCCUGAGCGAGCACUGUGCAUACACCAACGCUCGAAAGAGUGCCAUCUGUGCAUGUAUCAACCAAUUUUAGUAGUUGUAGCCAACUCUGUAGAAAAUAAACCUCUUCUUUCACUCUUCUUUUAUGAAUAUAUCAAACAUGAACUGUUAAAUGAGAACAAUUUCUGUAUUCUCAUCCAGCCAUAUUGCAAAAAUGUUGAUUGUUUAAUUCUAACAACUACUUGUUUUUUUGCGUUUUCAACCAUAUCAUCAAUGCGGUAUAUCACAGUGCUGUUAGUGAGUAAUAUUUGUGAUCGUUGGUUUUUACUAUGUAUUCCAAGAACAUCAGCUAUCUUCAACAGAUAUGGUUUAACAAGCAUGUCUCCAAUAAUACAGAUGACUUUCUUUUUGCGUUGCAAUUAGAAGUUAUAGCUCGUAUAAUGCGUUAAGCACUUUUUUACAUGAUUGAGUAAUAUAUUCAAUGCUAUCCAUCUUUACCCUCAGCGUCAACCCCUUGACUUGUGUCUGCACCUCUGUUUGGGAGGCACCCUCUCCACUUUGGGACUCUAUGAAUUAGAUCCUUCCUCUGUCAUUAAUAUUUGACUGUUACCAAUCACCUAAAAGUAUGGUUUUCCCAUGGCUUCACUCAAAUAAUUGUUUGAAACUUAGUCUUUGAGCAUUGUUGUAUGUAUGUUGGUCUUGGUUGUCCAACAAGCAACAAUGUGCCGUAUCUUCAAAUGGCUAUGCAAACACAUUAAACCAUGUAAACAUAAAACUACUUUUUAUAAAGUAUUGUAAAAUAGUACAAUAGAGAAGUAUACAUUUUAUUAAUUUUUUAAAUAGGUUAAAAAGGAAAAACAGCCAGAUUUGUGCUUUGAGUUGUACAUUCUGUGGGACUGAAUUUUCA